GGGAUGUGGAAGACAUAUACUCUAUGGACUGUAAGAGCUCUACGUUGCGCGACUGGCGUUCCGUCCCAAGCCACCGGUGAACGGCUCGGAUACGGAUUCGCUGACCCAAGCGAUGUGUUGGCACAGUCCACGCGGUUCGAGGCCUCCAUCUUGCAUACGAAAGCGCCAUCAGAGAUCCUCAUCGAUCUCGGUCAAUGUGUGCUGCAUUCACCCUACCCACUGUUGCUUGCUGCCCCUGAAUGAUUCUCGAUCGCACGCACAGCCGAUGAGUGGGAAAAAAGCCCCUCACUUGUGAUUGUCGAUCAGGCCUGAUAGGAGCUCCCAGCGAAUCCGCCCCUGAGCCGCAACGGCAGUUGGCACGAUUUCGCCACCCGGAAGAGGGGGAGGUGCCUCAUAUUAACAGGCAGUGGUCCACGUAGUUCAUCUUGACCCAUCUGGCCCUGCCCGUCCAUGCGGCUAUGCGUCGAGCCAAGCCGAUCUGGCUUCGCUCUGCGGGUAAGCUGGGCCCUCUGGCGGGACAAUAGACACAGGAAGCGAACGAGGCUCGCAGGCAGUGCGGUAAGGCGCAGGACGGAGGGCUGUUGUCGCCCAAACCCAAGAGCGGGAGCAAAUUGUUGAGAAGAGCAUGGCCU